UCUGCGCGGGCCGCCACUCUGAGGUCUGUCGGGCGCCGCGCCCGCGUCUGGCGCCCGCGCCGACGCCCUCGCCGUGCCGCCGACACGGAGGGCUCGGGAAGGAGGGGGCCCAGGGAUCCGAGAUGCGGCGCGAGGGGCAGGAGAGGGAGGAGCAGCAGGAACAGCACAGCAGGUGGAUCAGCAACAGCAGAGCGAGGCCCGCGCAGGCUCACGACUCUACGCGCUUGAUGCAGCUGGCCGGAAACCAGCCCUCCGCCCCGGUGCGCGGGGGCGGCUCGCCCGAGACCGGCGACCAGCCCUCCUCGCAGACUCCCGAAAAACCACAGGAUUGACCCAGGCAUCUCGGAGUUCACGUCCUGGCGCUCCG